GUGGCUUCCUAUUGGGCAGCCGGCUGAUUGGCAUGCCGAGGACGAACCAGACGCCUCCGCUCUCUCCUUGUAGCCAAUAAGAGGGAGGGGGCGGGCUACGGCGCCAAGUGUGGCGCUCGGUUAAAUGUAGAGAGGAGGCGGGUUCCGGAGAAUAGUUCUAUUUGAGAAUGCCAAAAAUGAAGGCGGAAAAAAAAGAAAAGAAGGCGGAAAAAAGAAAAAAGCUAAAGCAACAUGUGGCCCAAAAGGGAGGGCUGGAAUCGGAAACUGAACCAUUGGAAACUGAACCAAAGAAAAAGAAACAAAAUCUGCAGGCAACAGAAGAAGAGGAAGAACUUACGGCAGAGGAAAGGAGGAAACUGGAACGAAAAUUAAAGAAAGAGCGCAAGAAGAAAGAAAAACAGCUGAUGAGGGAAGCUGGAAUCUCUACUAAAAAGGCAGAGCCCAAAAAGCCGUCGGGAUGUGAGCUGGCUCUGGCCUAUUUAACCAGCUGGUCUGAAACCCCAGAAGAAUGGAAGUUUCAGAAGACAAGACAAACCUGGCUUCUCCUGCACAUGUAUGAUAAGGAGAAGGUUCCGGACAAGUAUUUCACCAUUUUGCUGGAUUAUCUGCAAGGGCUUCAAGGCGGUGCGCGAGACAUAACUGUGCAGAAAGCCGAAGCUUUUAUGAAGGAAUUUGAUGGUUCCGAGGCAGAAGACCCAAACCUGCUGGAGAAGUGCGAGCGCAUACGACAAGUUCUGCAGCUGCUGUCCUGAGAGUAUUUCUGUGUCUUGCUGGCUGGCUGGUGGAGAGGAGAAUAGGAUGGUGUACGCAGAGACUAUAAAUUAGCUGUAAAGACGUAUUUUCUAAUAGGAAACCUAAUACUAAAUUUUCAUAUUUUGUACCCAUAAUUUUUUCCAAUCACAAAUAUUUAUCAUGUUUUGAGGUGAUGAAAUAUGAAUGAUAUAUUUGGUCCCUAGGCAUGUCAUUAAAAAUAAUCUUACCGCCUGUCUUUAGAAAAAUAAACCUCUCUUUCUCGUUAGUUUUUCUCCAUCUCCUCCUGUAAUUGUCGUUAAAUAAGAGGAGCUUUGCAGUUCUUAAUAAGAAGGAGCCAACCAAAGGCUGGGAGGCUCUUUUCCAGAGGCUCUUUUCAAAUGAGUGCAGAGUCCGGCUGCGAUAGAUCCCGCUCCGCUGGGUCGCUGGGAUGCGGGAACCGUCGCGGUCGCUCCGUUGAACAGGGGCUCUACAACGCAGUUGCUUGUUAGCACUUCACGCGGCGAUGCCAUCAGCUUUGUCAGUUUGCCUUUUAUAUUUUAAAGUUUUCAAAGGCGGCACGGCAGUUGUGUAGAUAUUCGGAUCAUGCCCGGAUGGGAACGGGUCAAGUCCUUUGAUUUGUAGUGAAAUCACCUGAUUUGACCUAAACUUCCCUGCGAUGAGAAGUGCUGUGCUGCGGCGCUUUCUCUCCAGCCUGCCAGUGCUGCUUUUUCAUCUUUCUCUUGUAAUUGGCAUCCAAAAGAGUUAAUUUGUGUUCAUGCGCUUUGACGUGGGCCAUUUGUCUCCUAUAAAUGUGCUGGAAAUGAGGCUUUCGAGUAAAAACCAAGGACAUUAAUGACUCAGAAGUUGGAUGAUUGACUUAUUUAAUAACACUUGCAUUUAGACAGUGUUCUUGACCCGAUUCUUUAAUGUUU